CUGGUCUGGUUGUCCCUGCUGUGCAGGGAGGAGGAAAAAAUAGAUUUUUAGUAAAAAGCAGCACAUAAUACACACAGCACACAGUUAACCCAUUGAUCGCCCCACAUGUUAACACCUUCCUGUCCAGUGCCAUUAAUACAGUGUCAGUGCUUUUUAUUAGCACUGAUCACUGUAAUGGUGUCCCUGGGGAUGUUAGUGACACCAAGUCAGUUCCCCCCAGUGUCAGAAUGCCCGCCGCAGUUCCACUAUAAGUCGCUGAUCGCCGCCUUUACUAGUAAGAAACAAAAUACAAUAAAUUCCAGUAUAUAUAUAUCGCUGUUUGAAAACACUAUAACUUACACAUAAACCAAUUAAUUUA